GAAAGUGGCAUCAAGGUGUAAACUGUGAAUCCUUCAAUGACCACUGUCACCAUCCUCUCAACCAUGGGUUUGACUACUUUUAUGGUAUGCCUUUCACGCUUGUCAACAACUGCCAAGAAAACAAACCUCCAGACCUGGAUGUAGCCCUCCAAGCUAAGCUUUGGCUUUACAGUCAGAUGAUUGCCCUCGCUGUGCUCACCCUCAGUGCUGGCAAAGUGGCUGGUUUGGUUUCCAUCCGCUGGAAGAUAAUUGGCUGGUUUACUUUGCUGGGCGGCCUUUUCUUCGUCUCUUGGUACUCCAGUUACGGCUUCGUGCGGUACUGGAACUGCAUCCUGAUGAGGAACCACGAUGUCACUGAGCAGCCCAUGAGGCUAGAGAGGACUGCUUCUCUCAUGCUGAAGGAGGCAGUGUCUUUUAUCAAAAGAAACAGGCACAGACCAUUCCUCCUCUUUGUUUCCUUUUUACAUGUUCACACCCCCCUGUUUACCACGGCAAAAUUUCUUGGGAAGAGCCAUCAUGGUUUAUAUGGAGACAAUGUAGAAGAAAUGGACUGGAUGGUGGGCAAAAUUCUGGAUUCACUUGACGAAGGAGGUUUGAAAAACCAUACAUUUGUAUACUUUGCCUCUGAUCAUGGAGGACACUUGGAGGCUCAGGAUGGGUCUGCUCAGCUAGGUGGCUGGAAUGGUAUUUAUAAAGGUGGAAAAGGCAUGGGAGGCUGGGAAGGAGGGAUCCGUGUGCCAGGAGUAUUUAGGUGGCCAGGAGUGUUACCUGCAGGCACAGUUAUUGAUGAACCUACAAGUCUUAUGGAUAUUUAUCCCACAGUUGUUCAUCUGGCUGGAGGAAUAUUGCCACAGGACAGGGUGAUCGAUGGACGAAACUUGGUGCCUCUACUGCAAGGGAGAGCUCAAAAGUCAGAGCACGAGUUCCUGUUUCAUUAUUGUGGGGCCUACUUGCAUGCAGCACGGUGGCACCAAAAGGACAGUGGAGCCAUCUGGAAGGCUCAUUACGUGACCCCUGUCUUUCAUCCACCUGGGGCUGGGGCUUGCUAUGGAAAAGGCAUUUGCCCGUGUUUUGGGGAAGGUGUGACCCACCAUGACCCUCCGCUGCUGUUCGACCUCUCGCGAGACCCUUCUGAAGCCCAGCCUGUGCGGGCUGAGACGGAGCCCCUCUUUGGCACUGUGGUAGGGAAGAUUGGCAGAGCCGUGGAGGAGCACCGCAGGACACUGACCCCAGUCCCAGAGCAGCUCUCCUGGCACAACGCGGUGUGGAAGCCGUGGCUGCAGCCCUGCUGUGGGACGUUCCCAUUCUGUUGGUGUGACAAGGAAGGUGACGGCACACAGAGUUUGUGA